CGUUUCAUUCAUUGCGUUCCAGUUGCUGCGUUCGGUUGUGUGUGCGCUCCGGUGUGUGUGUGUGUUCGCUGGUAGAGAAGUGUUUGUGCUGGAAAUCUUCACACGCCGCGAGAGAGCUUUCGGUGCAUUAGAGCCGCGAGAAAGAGUGAGCGAGAGGGCGCGAUCGAUCGCGCACAGUCAAAAGACCUAAACGAGAGGGAACGCUGUGUGCGAAGCGUAGCAGCAGCAGCAGCAGCAGCGAGAGUGCCUGCAUACCUGUGUUCGCCGUUACUGUGUAAGCACGCUCGAGAACUCGUUGCGUCCGUCUUGUCUUCGGUUCGGUUUGGGGUGUGGUGCGCGUUCAAAGGUUUAACCUGUUUUUUUUUCUUCUCUCCUAUGGAUUCGAAAGCUUUCACACAACGCGUUGGAUUUUGCAGUUCAAUUUGUCGUCCCGUGCGUGUGCCCGUGAAUUGUGCAAUCAAUUAAAGAGCCUGUGUGUUAAAUUUUACCACUAAAGAACCUCUCCCCGGGUGACGUGUUCAAUAUAGUCGUGCUCCCUGCUUUCCUCGAUCGUUCGCCGUUGCGUGCGUCGUUCUCCUCCCGCAGGUACGAUCAUCUUCUCCUCGGUGCCCCCGUUUCGUGUGUACGUGCGCUUGUGUGCCCGUGUGUGUGCGUGUGUGGUGCGUCUACGCGUCCGUGUGUACUUUGCAGAGGCAAUCCAUCAUUACUUAAGCGCUCCCCACGCGUACUUCGUACCGUACCUCCGAUCCAAGUAUGCGAAAGCCAAGAAGCAACCUGUCGACAAUGGCUGGGCUGGGCGUCGUCUUGCUGGUAGGCAUCAUCGGCGGUCUAGUCGGCCCUGCCCGUGCCCAGCGAACGCCAACCAUCUCCUACAUCACGCAGGAGCAGAUCAAGGACAUUGGCGGUACGGUCGAGCUGGAAUGUUCGGUCCUGUACGCCAGCGACUACUCCGUCCACUGGGUGAAGACCAGCAACGAUCGGUCGGACACGGUCUUCCUGUCCACGGGCAGUUCGCUCGUGCUGAAGGAUUCGCGCUUCUCGCUCCGCUACGACCUGUCCUCCACGUCGUACACGCUGCAGAUUAAGGACAUACAGGAGACGGACGCCGGCAUCUACCAGUGUCAGGUGGUGCUGUCCGUUACGAACAAGAUCUCCGCCGAGGUGGCACUGAACGUCCGCCGGCCACCGAUCAUCUCCGACAACUCCACCCAAUCGCUGGUCGUGUCCGAGGGGCAACCCGCCCAGAUGGAGUGCUACGCGUCCGGGUACCCGGUGCCACAGAUUACCUGGCGUCGCGAAAACAACGCCAUCCUACCGACAGGUGGUGCAACAUACUCGGGCAAUGUACUAAACAUCCACUCGGUGCACAAGGAGGACCGCGGCACCUACUACUGCGUGGCGGACAACGGUGUGAGCCGGGGCGACAGGCGUAACGUGAAUCUGGAGGUGGAGUUUGCGCCGGUCGUGACCGUGCCGAGACCGCGUGUCGAGCAGGCCCUACAGUACGAUAUGGAUCUGGAGUGCCACAUCGAGGCGUACCCGCCGCCAGCCAUCCGCUGGCUGAAGGAUAGCGUGCAGCUGUCCAGCAACCAGCACUACCAGCUGUCUCAGUUUGCGACCGCGGACGAGUUCACCGACUCGACGCUGCGCGUCAUCACGGCCGAGAAGCGCCAGUACGGCGAGUACAUCUGCCAGGCGACGAACAAGCUGGGCGAUGCGGAGGGCCGCGUCGAGUUUACCGAGUCCGUCAUUCCCGUGUGCCCGCCGGCCUGUGGGCAGGCACGCUACGGCGGCGGCGCAAGUGCGAUUUCCGUCUCGAGCGUCCUGAUGGCGGUGGCCACCGUGCUGACGAUGGUGGUGAUUGCGCAGUACGUGAAGCGAGCAUAAGCCACACAUUCAGCCGCCGCAUUCCAGGAAGAAAAAUGAAACACCGAAGUCGAACCAAAACAGAGGAAAGGGACAGAGCAAGCAGAAGCAUCACAAUCAGGAAAAUGUCUUCAAUCACCACACCGUUUUGUCGAUGCAUCAAUAUUUGAUGGAAGGACGAUAGCCUCAGGACGACCGAUCACUGAUCACCGAUCAUUCAACUGAUCGGGGGAUGAAAUGGAACCAAAUCCGGGACAUUAAAGCGUCAUAUCGAACAACACAUCUCUCUUUCUGUAGCACGUUGAGCCAGAUUUAGCACAUCCAGCAGCACAAUCAUUCAUAUACAUCCUCAAAAGCAGAUCGUAAAAGUGAGCGUAAAUAGGGUUUACACUUUUUUGAAGGUUGAGUUUUAGGUCUUUUGACGAAUGACGACACCAAUUACUACCUAAAAUAGUGCCUAGCAGUAAACUUUUUCGAACAAUCUUUGUCACUUUGGCCGGGGACCACACAUUCUCAAACACAUAUCGGAACCGGAACAGUACACGGACACAGAGGCGAAGAGUAGGAAGAUAAAAUAGCAACUUUUCUUUGGAAAAUCGGGACAUUGAUCCAGACGAAUGUUUGAGAUAGCAUGUAAGCAAACAACAAGCAGAAAGUGUGUAAAUCGUGCAAAACCUUUUUUUAAAUUUAUAUGCUUUAGAGCAUAUUGUAUUUUGUAAGAGAAGUGGAUUCGUAUACAGUAAAAAUACAUACACCAAUACAUAAUUGAUUCCCUCCAAGGUAUCUGUGAAGAUGAGAUAGCUCUUGUAGGUGUAGGAACGGGAAGAGAAAUGAUUGGCUUUUCCCAAUAUCGGUGGCGCUUGGUUUAAGCGACAAUAUCGAAUGAUGGGGAAGUCGAUAAGAAGGUAAUCGUAAAGCUUUCUUUUUCGAAUCGAGUAUAAUGUGAACAAUAAUGCUGGAAGGGAGAUAAAUGGUUUUAUAGGGUGGAUGCAGAUAGAAGAAAAGCAUUCAACAAUCGAAAACAAAUAAUAGAGGCAAGAAAAGUGCUGAAGCUUUUAAUAUCGCGCUUGUGUAUCGUGAACGUUUUCCCCCCAGAAAUUACCUCUAAACUUUCUUCUAAAAAACACACAAAAAAGAAACAAAAUGAGCGGCGCCCUUCCCUAAAUUAGCAAAAAAAAAA